UAUAUAAACUGGUCAGUCUCAGUCAGUAACCACUCAGUUGAUUAAUAACUGAGUGCAAAAGUUGCGCUUUCAGUAAAUUUUUAAACUUUAUUUUGUUAUUGCAGUUCACUAGUAUUCUUAUCAGGAAUGAUUCGUAUCGCGGCGUUGUUAUCCCUUGCGGGAGUUUUAGUUGCUCAACCCAUUGUUCCGUCCGAAAACGGGUCGGUAUGGAUACAACCGAAUAUUAUGGACGAAGCCAGAGGUCGUGUGAAUAAUCUCAGCGUAGCACCGGGCGCCCAAGGUGGUGCCUGGGUGGACGCCGAUAAAACUGCCGGUAUUAAUGGCAACCCGCCGUCUAAUCCUUUUGCCGGUAACAACGGCGCCCUUCUCGUGGCCAACCCGGCACAGCCCGGACCGUUGGUCGGCGCCGGUACCGUGCAAGCCGUGAAGCUCGAUGAAACCGCAGCCGGUAACAGCGCCUCCAACGCCACCUCGGUGAUGGCCGCCUCCUCCGCAGCGGGCACCAAUGAGACUGUCCCGCGCAACGAGUCUCUUCCGCUGACGGUGGCCUCCCCGUCUAAUGAAUCCAUUGCCGAGAGUGCACCGGCCCAUGCCAAUGUGUCGUCGGUAGGUGAGAAUGCGAACGCAUCCGCCGUCGCCGUGCCGGUGGCGGUUUCCAAUUCCUCGGCACGCGCUGAUGAUAGCGUUCCCGCUGCCGCCGUUGCUGCAUCCAACGAAAGCAUGCCCGCUGCCGCCGUUGUUGCAUCCAACGAUACCGCCGCCGCCGUCGCUGCGCCGUCCAGUGCCAGUGCGAGUAACUCCAGUGCGGUUGUCGUGCCGGUGAUUGGUCCCUCGCAGCCGGUUGAGAACCAAUCAGCACCCGCGGCCAAUGCCAAUGUACCGCAAGCGGAACCCCUCGGAGCCGCCCUCGCGGCGGCGGCCGCCCACCCCUCUCAACCGGAACCAGUGGCUGCUCAGGCAGCUAACGCCCAACCGGCGGUGGCACUGGUGACAUCAGAUGUGAACAAUCAGCAAUCCAAUCAGAGCUUCGCCAUUGACCCGACCAAACCGAUCAUCGCCAUCCUGCCGCCGGGAUCCAACUUCACCGCCACCUGGAAUGCCUCCAAUGGAAUGCCCGCUUCCCAACCCUUAGCCAUUUCCAAGCGCGAGGUGCCGACCGUGGUUGUAACCGGUGACCAGCCGGUGGCGGUGAGUUCCAAUGGCGGCAAUCAGUCGGUGCUGGUGGAAUCCUCCAAACCGGUCAUCGCCAUUCUGCCGCCCAACUCCAAUCUGACCGCUACCAUUCCUGAAGGCGCUCCAGCGGUGGCGCCGGCUGUAGCGCCCGUUGCUCCGGUUGCCGCACCAGUGGCAGUGGAGCAGCAAAAUGUCUCGGCUGUUGCCGUGCCGGUAGCGGCUGUGCCGGUGGUCGCUGCGCCGAACGUCUCCGUUGCCAACGCAAGCUCGGCGGAACCGGAAGUAAAAGCAGUUGCUGUACCAAUGGCAGCUAUCGGUUCCAAUAACGCCUUAGACGCCAAUGCUGUCGCGUCGAAUGCCAGUGCUUCCGCGCCGUCCAACAUUGCUGUCACCAACGCCACCGCCACCGAUGUCAGCGGUAACAAUGCCAGCAAUGCCGCCGUGGUAGCGCAGUCUCCACCGGUGUCCCAGGCCGAUCACGGUGUCGAUAUUCCGGUCAUUCUGCCAGUGGGAGCCGGCAACAUCACCAACAAGGAACAAUUAGCCGCCAUCCCGGGCGCUAUCCCCAUUCCUAUUGCAUCUUUGCCAGUGGGCAGUGGCGAGACGAAGAUGGUUCAGCAGGUGCCGGUGUCCAACCAGACGCAGCCGUCUGGUGAUCUCAUCCAGCAGAAUCACAGAUUUGAAUUACAAGUUGUUGAUUUUGAGCUGAGCAAUGCUGAAGGGCAGAGCGGUGAAGUGCUUGUCAAUCUGACUGCCGGUGCUUUGCCUCCAGUAAUGGCGGAAACGGCAGCCCUUCUCGGCAAAGACGUUACACCAAUGCAAGCAAAUAAUCCUCAUCUUCUUGCUCCGGAGUCAACAACAAAUUAUGAGCAAGUGUAUAGCGGAUCGUUUUCUCAAAAAGCCAGCUUGCAGCACAGCAUUAGCCUUGACCUUUGUGGCCAAAUCCCCGAUAAAGGUCUUCUCCAAGUACAAAUUAAGCCCUCUGGAAAUGGAACGGUAACCCCACUCCAGUAUACUUGCCCCAUCAACCUCAAUAUCCGAACCUAUCCGCGAGAGUCCGAAGCGUUUUGGUCGGAGGCAUUCCCUUGUGCCGGGACAUCCGGUGUAAACACAGCCAAAUUAUGGUACAAAGUGCGACAAUGGAAUAUCAAUUGGUCGCAGUGCCAGCAGCAGCGACCUUCUCAAGCCCUUGCAUAACUUGCCAUUUCCGCUGUUGAUCGGAGUGAAACAACAUGAUACCAAAACAUUAAUGCGGAACAAAAAUCCCAACAUUCCUGAGAAUUCAAUGCUACUAUUCUGAGCGUUUGGAUGUCGUCAAACAUUGGAAUAGUGUAGUAUUCGCAUAUUAUUGGCCAAAAUAUAUUACGCAAUUCGUCUUUCCUGCGGGCCUGGUUUUGUAUGAUAUUUUGUUAUUGUUAUUGGCGCCUACAAGAACUUCCGCGAAAAUUAGCUCAUAUUACUUCUGCGCAGACGUAACUGUGUAUGUACUAUGUACAUACUGUACAAAGUAUAAUGUGACUGUGACCUUUGCAUUAAAGGAUACGCUUGUGCAUAA